AGAGUCCACGGUUUGCGUUAUGGGAGUGCGUGCAAUAAUAUAUACGGAUUAUCAAUAAGGGAGUUACUCAUAUCCUCCUAUUGAUUUUACUGCACGGAAAUUCUUACAAAUGCAUCAGGUGGUCGAUAAUAAUCCUACUUCACAACAUGUCCAACUUAACCGUGGACGACUGGUUAAAUCUGGCCCCCUGUCCCCCUCCUUGGAACCCGGGGCUGCUCUACUGGACCCCACACCCGGUAAAUCUGACCGAGGGAGAGGUAGAGAGGAUCGCGGAGAAAUGUAACGUGCCCCCCAAAGACAGGCUGAUUAUGAGUACAUCUGUACCGAACACCUCCGAUGUGUUACCUCCCGUGUUGGUGUCGGUUUCUGUAGUUUUUUUAUUGGGGAUUUUGAUUGCUGUGUUGGUUUACAGUUACAAACACAAGAAGCACAAGACGGGAGACAGCUGUGUACAGGGUUCUAGGUGUGACCUGCUCGAGGAGAUGCAGGGCCGCGGCCACCACGGCUGUGACAACGAGACGUACACGGAACUGAAGACUGAAAAAUUACCACAUUCUGACGAGACAGUCUCCCAGCAGGGACACAAGAAUUUACCACAUUCUUACAAUACAAACACCCCACGAAGGACUACAGAUUUCCAAAUGUCAGACAUCAAAUGGCAAAGUAAUGAUAGAAAACGGGGCAUUUCCAUGACAGAGAGUUAA